AUGGCACCCAAAGUUGCAGGAAAGAAAGGCGAGAAGAGAGCCGGAAAGGCAAAGGCUGCAGGAGAAAAGAAGAAAAGGAGAGGAAAGAGAAAGGAAAGCUAUGCUAUCUACAUCUACAAGGUGUUAAAGCAAGUUCACCCUGACACUGGUAUCUCCAGCAAAGCCAUGGGCAUCAUGAACUCGUUCGUGAACGACAUUUUCGAGCGCAUUGCCACCGAAGCUUCCCGCCUUGCCCACUACAACAAGAAAUCAACCAUCAGCUCUCGCGAGAUUCAAACCGCCAUCAGGUUGCUUCUGCCCGGUGAACUGGCCAAGCAUGCCGUCAGUGAAGGAACCAAGGCUGUGACCAAGUACACCAGCAGCAAGUAAACUCAGCGCGUGAGUUUACCGCCAAAACCAACGGCUCUUUUAGGAGCCACCAAAUGUUAUAAAAGUUAUGACCAAUAUUGCAUCAGAAAUGCAUAAGACUUACAGAACUUAAACCCGCUCGGCGUUUAAGUUAAAAUUCCUUUUAACUUAAAUCAUUUUAUAGCAGGUAAACCUAUCUUUUGCGACAAGCGUUCUCACGCAUGCGUCAGCUGCAAACGCUACGAAUUUCUUUAGAGAGUUGAAAACAUUUUCUCAGACUACAAGUUGCUCCAAAUCAUAAAAACCAGGCUCAAGAAAGAUUUAGAGCCAGAAAACACAGACAACUCUCGCCCUGCAGUUCAUACAAUCCGGACUAAAGCCCCAGACUCGAUUUAGUCGUCACGCAACGCUCCUCCCAACGGAGCGUUGCGUGACGACACUAAAAACGGCUUUGUGGCAGACUAGUGUUCACACCAUAACCGGAUAGCGUUAGCGCCUGCACGAAAACCAUACCGGAUGCAGCUUCUGUCCACUCCCCAGGGGCGUAGCUAGGGGGGGGGGGUCCUUGGGUGCCCGUGACCCCCCUUAGGUAGGCCUUCUUUUGAGCAAACAACCUACAAUAUUCAGGGGGCUAAAACGCCAUGACAAUAUCUUGUCCGUAAAAGCCCUUGUUGAAAAGCCCACUUUUUUAAAAUUUGUUUUUUGGUAAAGUAUUUUCGUCAACGGCGCUAUAUAUUUUGGUUCCCACUCUGGGUUAGAGGUUUUUCAUUUUCUCUCCCGUGCGGCUGGAUGCUUUGGUGUCAGCCGCAGGCCGAUGUCGUUACGAUUAAGUCUUUUCAGUAGAAGUGCAGAAAAAUUUCGAUCACCUAAAGUACCGUUGGUAUGAACAAGAAAAACAUAUGGCGGGAAGAUUCUCCGUCCCACAAAGCCAACUAUAUGCGCGCGUAACAGGAGCCCAUCAUAGGCUCCUGGCGCGUAACCAUUUGUAUGCCACGGCUGAAGCCAAAUUAUAGGGAUUUGUAUGGGAAUUUAUCGUAAGGUCGAUAAAACAGUUAAAAUGCACAUUAACAGCCAUUGAGUUGUGUCUGUGUUGUUUUCUUACAGUUAUCUGCCCUACAAACGCUACUUAAGAGACCAAAAACAGCAAAAUAGAGCUGGGCUACCUGUG